AUGCGUGAGCUUGCGAGCAAGUAUGCAAUUCCCGCGCGUUUGUGGGAGAAGGGGAUAAGUCCCUUAUUGAUAAGACUAAACGGCUGUUUGCCUGAAUCACGCGACCAUAUUUAUACUUUCAUCGAUUUGGCGUGUUUCAUCAUGGUCCUGCUAUGUCAAAUGGCGCCAGGAUUUGAAUAUGCUUGGAAUGAACAUCUUGGUGAUCUGGGAGCAUACCGGAUCGCUAUGGAAGACGAUCACUUCGAGAACCGUGAAGUCUGGACAUCAACUACACGUCAAUGGUACUCUGAGGCUAGUCUUAUGUCUCCUUCGAUCGGCCGUCUUUAUCACAGACUAGCAGCCUGUGCGAAACCGAAUACUCUCAAGCAGCUUUUCUUCUACACAAAGUCUCUCUGUGUACGAGUUCCGUUCCUAGACGCUCGUGAUUCCCUUGCGAUGUUCUUCGAACGGAAUCUGAACGGGUUCUUCGAAACGUCUGUGGUCAACACAAAUUCGGACGACUUCAAUGAGACUCCUGACAUCGAGUUGCCGAACGAGAUGGCCGUAUCUCUUGAUCUGAGUCGCGCAGACGACGGAAUUGAGAAGCAUGACCACCCGGAGUCCGCCUACAUGAUAGAUGUGGCCUUGCGAGUCGAUCUAGAGGAUUCCGACAUGGUGAUGAUUGAUAUCACGACUCACGACGCGGACGAGCUCGGUUGUAUGGAGCAGGAGCCUCCAGUCGCUAUCACCGUACCUCUCCACGAUGAGGAGUUGACCGGAGCUUUGGAUAUCACCACUGUCUUCGUACGCGCCCACGGUCUUCUGUUCUCUGAGAAGGACCAUAAUCAGUUCAUUGCCCAGUCGGAAGUCUUGACUAGACACCUUGCUGCAUCUGCUUGCCAGUGGACGGAGCAUGGAUACCACAUAUCCAUCGUCCUGCAUUGCGCUCUACUUGAGUACGGUAGCGAGAGCAACCCGAUCAUGAGGAUCAUCAAACAAGGACGUGGAGACGAAUUAGACAUGGCAGUCAGCGACACCCCAAACUGCGACGAGAGGCAAACCGUUCCAACUCAAAGAUUUAACGACGCGCUUGAGUUUCUUUCCUGUGCCCAUAGAGCUGUGUUUGACCUCACUGGCGAUGAGAUGGCGUACCCCUACCUGCAUGUCACCCUGGUGUUCUUGCACCACAUGUCACAGUUCCCCGGCGCGAUGGCCUAUAUGGAGGAGAAGAUGCCCUGGAAGAAGAUCUCCCUAUGUCUUAAUAGCGCCAUGGAAUCAUGUUCAUCCGUCCAGAAGAUUGAGUCGGAUGACUUGCCGCACUCCGCGUCUCGGGAUGCUCGGCCACUGCCCGAGGACUUUGCGCUGAGGGGGUUUCUGUGGACUGAAACAUAUUACCCCGAUGAAUGGUUCUCCAAAAUCGGAGCAGACACCAACAAGACGGGUCCACUGACUAGCUGGAUGUUGCAGGAGCGCAUGGACCGGUGCCUCUGGCUUGGCUGUCGUAUUGCCAAGUCGGGCGUGUGGUUGCAGUAUGACAAGACUGACGGGCGAUUCCGUGCGAACUCGUGGUUCGAUGCGGAACUUUGA